AAUCAUGUAAUAUGGCCUAUUCACGCCUGAAUGUUGACUUGGGCAAUACUGCGUAAUGCUAGAAUAAAUAUCUUUGUACGAUAUACGCUCAUCCAUGGCCGUCCAUACAAUACCAGGAGCUAGUCUUGGACGAUGGAACCAUACCCGGCGAUUGAUUUCUUCCCCGAGAGUCCCGUAUACGGUAGUGACUCCCUCGCAUUACGAAGGUUGGAUACCCCGGCUGCAUAGGCCAUCACCGGGUUCGGUUGACGGUGUACUCGUUGCGUUUUGCACAUUCAGAGCAAUCACUUUUCUCACUUUUUGUCAUCCACCAUGCGAUCCAUUUGCGGAACACGUUCUGCAUCGCUACUGGAUAUCAUUAUAUGUGGCGUUGUGGUGGAUCGGUCGAGAUAUACAUUUUCUGUUUCUUGCUUCUCUCGCUAGCGAUUUUUGGCUGACCCUUAUUUUAUAUAUAUCCUGGAAGAUGGCGAUGAGCUUUGAACUUUGGGUCUUGAUGUCUACAAGAACGAGGCAACGUACAGUUUACUGGCAGCAGGAAAAGUUGUUGGGACACAGUGGGUGGCGAUGUCGAGGCCGGUCUAUCAAUGCAUGGGGCUUGUACAGUAGAGCCAUGUGAAAGAAUAAAAAUACCAAUGAUACCUUGCACUAUCAUAAGAAGGCAGUAAAGGGCUCAUGUGUUCAAUCUGGACCUGCUCUCCUUCCUAUGCAGCCAUAGCACGAGAGGGCCGCGUCAAUAUACCGUUCUAGGGAGCUAGAUUCGCCCACGUGGUGAAGCUUGAGCCCGUAUUGGGAGACUCCCAAGUUCUGACUAGGGAUGUCGAAGAUAUAGUUCGUAGCUUGCCUGCACUUACCUAUAUAUUUUCUAUAUAUCGCUUCGGCUAGUAUACUGAAGACUAACUUUGAUAGGUCGAGCUUAAUAGAGAUUAUAAUGGUAUUAAGUAGCUAUAAGGGUUAUAAGAUUAUAAUGGAGGUUUAGUUAUAUCAUGGGG